AUGUCUGGAUACAUGCAAGGAGUAGGGGAUUUGUAUCCAGCCUGUUUCCCCAUUCACCAGAUGGAUUAUAGAGACCCUCAAAACCAAUGGGUGGGAAUGGGCAUUGCCCCAGCUCCCCAGAAGGACUAUCAUCAAGAAGCUUUUGUGAAAGGAAGCUUGGAUGUUCAACCAACAAGUGAAUGCACAGGGCACCAAGGACCAGACACCAAGAAAGCCUCCAAAAAGCAGAGGGCUCAGGUUAACCCCCUGUCCCACCGCAGGAAGAGAACUGUCUUUGACCAGGACCAGCUGGACACUCUGGAAGCUUUCUUUGGAACCAACAAGUAUCCUGAUAUCCACCAUCGAGAGAAGCUGGCCAAGCAGAUGCAUUUGCCUGAGUCAAGGGUCCAGGUCUGGUUCCAGAACAGAAGAGCUAAAGCCAGACGUGAGGAGGCUAAGAGCCCUGGAGGGGGGCAGCAUUACCCCAAUGUCCCAGGACCUAGCAUGUACUCUUAUUCACAAGGACAAUACCCUGGAGUACCAAGGGAUCCACCAGUACCUACCCAGCACCAGCACAUUUUCCCAGCAGUCACAAAUUCACAGCAAGAUCUGUUUCAUGGACCUGGAUCUCUGGGCUACCCUGACCACUGCCUAGCAGCUGGCACUCACAUUCAUGCCAUGCACCAAGCAUCACCCAGCUGCUACCCCUCGAGUAUGACGUCUAUCAGCCCCAACGGGAACCCACAGCGCCUCUAUACCGACGUGACCUCCAACAGCCCCUACCCAAGCAACAUGGGUGGCCAGAGCAGAAGAAACACUCAGAUCCCAACACAGUCCAACUUUAUGGUGGAGUUUAAUUCCAUCUCACCCAACAAGCCCAGCUCACCACAAAUGAACAUGACCACCCCACAGAUGCCAGUGCCUACCACCCCAUAUGGCCAAUAUGGAGUGGAUUCCUAUACUACCCAAGGCCAGUUCCACAUGGCAACCAUGCAGUGUGGCCCCUAUAGCCCAGUAUCUCCGCUGUCUGAUUCUGGGGUCAGUGAAAAAUCCAUGGAGUCCAUCACCGAUUGGGAGCACAAUCUGAUUCCUCUGCUCCAUAACCCCUUAAUGCCAGAAUAA